AACAAGUCAUAAAUAAGUCAAUUCCAAUCCACAAAAUACCCAAUACAACAAACCCUAAAACACACACAGAAGAAAAAACACUCUGAUUUUCCAUGGCACCUAAGAAAAGGCCAAAUAUGGAGCAGCCCACGACCCGUGUAACUCGAAGCUCAACUCGCCGUGUCAACUCAAAGCCCAACUACACUGACCCUGACCCACCCAAACCCAAACGGGCCAAAAAAACCACCCCAAAAUCCGAGCCCAAACCCGUAGUCAAUGCUGCUGUUGACUCUGGUUCAAAGUGUGUUGUGAUUGAGCACUGCACUCAGUGCAACCAGUUCAAGAUUAGGGCUGUGAAGGUGAAAGAAGGGUUGGAAAAUGGAGUACCCGGUUUGGAAGUUCGGGUCAACCCGGAAAAGCCGAGAAGGGGUUGCUUUGAAAUAAGGGAGGUUGGUGAAAAUGGGGAGAAAUUUGUUAGCCUUUUGGAUAUGAAGAGGCCAUUUGGGCCGAUGAAGGCAUUGGACAUGGACAAGGUCAUUUCUGAUAUUAUUGAGAAAAUCAAAUGAUCAUUUUAUUUUUGGGUAUUUAGGGUUGUUAUGAUCAUUUUAAGUAGAUUUAGGGUUUGUUUGGAUUAGGGGUAUGGUUUUGUGUUUUGUUUGCGCCAAGUGCUUGAUAUUUUUCUUUAAUCCAUUAUAACCCUUAGAUUUUGUAGAAAAGGGAAAACGAAUUUAUUGUGAUCU